AUCAAAAAUCAAGAAACAGAGUUCUCUAAUCUACAAAAUUCAAGAAAAUGGGAAUGUCGAAAUCGAAAGGCAACACACACAACAUCUUCCUUCUUUGCAACUACAUCCUCUUAGGCUCAGCUUCAAGCUGCAUCUUCCUCACGAUCUCUCUCCGUCUCUUCCCAUCACUCUCUGGCCUUUCUCUCAUCUUCCUCCACGCUUUAACCAUCGCAACCGCGGUCUCUGGUUGCUCGAUCUUCGCCUCUUCCACAACCGCAACCACUAGCGAUAGAUUAUACGGCUCUCACAUGGUAGCAACGGUCCUCACUGCCAUAUUCCAAGGUGCGGUCUCUGUUCUUACGUUCACGAGAACAGGGGAGUUCUUGAGGUUCUUGAAUUCGUAUGUUUUGGAAGAAGAUGGUGCGGUGAUACUUAAACUCGCUGGUGGUUUGUGUGUGGUUAUGUUUUGUUUGGAGUGGGUUGUUCUUGUGUUGGCGUUUUUGUUGAAGUAUAGUGAUUAUUUAGAUGAUGAUGAUGAUGAUGAUGAUUUCAAGGUUCGAAAACAAGACGAUGAUGGUCUCAAGGAUUGGCCUUCGUACCCAUUUCAAUUCAAGAAUUAAAAGUUUUCGAUUUCAUUUUCAUUUUUUUUCAUACACAUGCUUGUAAUGUGAUAAUGUCUCUCCCACUUUAAUUAGUGUAAAAAAUAAUUCAUCUAUAAAUUUUUUUUUA